AUGGCAGCCUCCUCCAUCGGCUUGUGUUCAUGCCUAAAUGAGUUACUGCUGGAUGGGCCUCUGGAUGGAGCAGUAGGAGACAGUGUGGUGUUCACCCUCACCAACCCUCCCUCUGCACCACCUGCAAGAAUCACCUGGACUUCUCCAUCCAAAAUAGAGAUCUUCACUUCACUUGGUGAUGCAGAGUUGAUACAUCCUGAAUAUACUGGUAGAAUCUCUGUGAACAAAACCACAGCUUCACUGGAGCUCAGCAACCUGACUUUCAAUGACACCGGGGAGUACACUCUGGGCACCAACACUGAUGGCAUAGGACAGCAGGGGAAAACAUCACUGGCAAUGUUUGAGAAAAUCUCCAAUGUGACAGCAGAAGCCGAUCAGAAUGAGCUGGUGGAGUUCAACAAUUCUGUCACUCUCACAUGCUCCGCCUCUGGCACCUUGCCCUCAUUUCGAUGGUUUAACAGGAGUACUAUUGUCACAGGAAGUGACAGAGUUCUGCUAGAUAAGAGGAACCUCACUAUAUUGAAUGUGACUAGAUAUGAUGAUGGCCCAUUCCAGUGUGAAGUAUCAAAUAAUGUCAGUGACCGAAUGAGCACUGAUGUCAAUCUGACAAUUCACUAUGGCCCAGAUAGCUCUGUAGUUUCAGUGACACCUGAAGCCUUGAUCCACAGUGGAGGCUCUGACAUCAUCCUGUCCUGCUCCUCUGAGUCCUACCCUGCUGCCCAGUUCCAAUGGGCACUGAAUGGAACCCUGCUGGCCAGAGAAGGACCAGAACUACGACUGGAGAACGUUCAGGACAUUGAGAGUGGAGCCUACAGCUGCUGGGCAUAUAAUAGUAAAACCCAGAGGUAUAAAGCAUCAUCACCAACAAACAUCACUGUGAUAGAGAAUAUCUCCAAUGUGACAGCAAAAGCCGAUCAGAAUGAGCUGGUGGAGUUCAACAAUUCUGUCACUCUCACUUGCUCCGCCUCUGGCACCUUGCCCUCAUUUCAAUGGCUUAACAGGAGUACUAUUGUCACAGGAAGUGACAGAGUUCUGCUAGACAAGAGGAGCCUCACUAUAUUGAAAGUAACUAGAUAUGAUGAUGGACCAUUCAAGUGUGAAGUAUGGAAUAGUGUCAGCAACCAAAUGAGCUCUGAUGUUGAUCUGACAAUUCACUAUGGCCCAGAUAGUUCUGUAGUUUCAGUGACACCUGAAGCCCCAUUCUACAGUGCAGGCUCUGACAUCACCCUGUCCUGCUCCUCUGAGUCCUUCCCUGCUGCCCAGUUCCAGUGGGCACUGAAUGGAACCUUGCUGGCCAGAGAAGGACCAGAACUACGACUGGAGAACGUUCAGGACAGUGAAAGUGGAGCCUACAGCUGCUGGGCAUAUAAUAUUAAAACCCAGAGGUAUAAAGCAUCAUCACCACAAAGCAUCACUGUGAUAGAGAAAAUCUCCAAUGUGACAGCAGAAGCCAAUCAGAAUGAGCUGGCGGAGUUCAACAAUUCUGUCAUUCUCACAUGCUCCGCCUCUGGCACCUUGCCCUCAUUUCGAUGGCUUAACAGGAGUACUAUUGUCACAGGAAGUGACAGAGUGCUGCUAGACAAGAGGAGCCUCACUAUAUUGAAUGUGACUAGAUAUGAGAAGUGGCCAUUCAACUGUAAUGUAUCGAAUACUAUCAGCUACCAAAUGAGCUCUGAUGUCAAUCUGACAAUUCACUAUGGCCCAGAUAGUUCUGUAGUUUCAGUGUCACCUGAAGCCCCAUUCUACAGUGCGGGCUCUAACAUCACCCUGUCCUGCUCCUCUGAGUCCUACCCUGCUGCCCAGUUCCAGUGGGCACUGAAUGGAACCCUGCUGGGCAGAGAAGGACCAGAACUACGACUGGAAAACGUUCAGGACAGUGAGAGUGGAGCCUACAGCUGCUGGGCAUAUAAUAGUAAAACCAAGAGGUAUAAAGCAUCAUCACCACAAAGCAUCACUGUGAUAGAGAAAAUCUCCAAUGUGACAGCAGAAGCCAAUCAGAAUGAGCUGGCGGAGUUCAACAAUUCUGUCACUCUCACAUGCUCCGCCUCUGGCACCUUGCCCUCAUUUCGAUGGCUUAACAGGAGUACUAUUGUCACAGGAAGUGACAGAGUUCUGCUAGACAAGAUGAGCCUCACUAUAUUGAAUGUGACUAGAUAUGAUGAUGGACCAUUCCAGUGUAAUGUAUCGAAUACUAUCAGCUACCAAAUGAGCUCUGAUGUCAAUCUGACAAUUCACUAUGGCCCAGAUAGUUUUGUAGUUUCAGUGUCACCUGAAGCCCCAUUCUACAGUGCGGGCUCUAACAUCACCCUGUCCUGCUCCUCUGAGUCCUACCCUGCUGCCCAGUUCCAGUGGGCACUGAAUGGAACCCUGCUGGGCAGAGAAGGACCAGAACUACGACUGGAAAACGUUCAGGACAGUGAGAGUGGAGCCUACAGCUGCUGGGCAUUUAAUAGUAAAACCCAGAGGUAUAAAGCAUCAUCACCACAAAGCAUCAUUGUGAUAGAGAAAAUCUCCAAUGUGACCGCAGAAGCCAAUCAGAAUGAGCUGGCGGAGUUCAACAAUUCUGUCACUCUCACAUGCUCCUCCUCUGGCACCUUGCCCUCAUUUCGAUGGUUUAACAGGAGUACUAUUGUCACAGGAAGUGACAGAGUUCUGCUAGAUAAGAUGAGCCUCACUAUAUUGAAUGUGACUAGAUAUGAUGAUGGACCAUUCCAGUGUAAUGUAUCGAAUACUAUCAGCUACCAAAUGAGCUCUGAUGUCAAUCUGACAAUUCACUAUGGCCCAGAUAGUUCUGUAGUUUCAGUGACACCUGAAGCCUCGAUCUACAGUGCAGGCUCUGACAUCACCCUGUCCUGCUCCUCUGAGUCCAACCCGACCCAGUUCCAUUGGGCACUGAAUGGAUCCCUGCUGGGCAAAAAGGGACGAGAACUACGACUGGAGAAGGUUCAGACCAGUGAGAGUGGAGCCUACAGCUGCUGGGCAUAUAAUAGUAAAACCCAGAGGUAUAAAGCAUCAUCACCAACAAUCAUCACUGUGAUAGUCCCUAAAAAGGUGAAGAUGGUGAGAGUCAAGGUCCAGGCCGAGUCCGGGGUUAACAUGGAGGACCCUGCUGUGCAGGCGGCCAUCUUAGAGAAGAUUGGACAAAGACUGUGGAAGACGGGGAAGCCAGCAGGCACCAAACUGACGUGGAUAAAGCAACAAAAUGAAAAGAUCUUCCAAAAAAUAAAUGAGAAAGCAGGAAGGGAGAAGAAGAGGGCAAAGAUAAAUGAGUUUUACUCUCCACACUGCAACCGUGGCACAUACAGCUCUCCACACUGCACUGCAACCGUGGCACAUACAGCUCUCCGCACUGCAAUACAGCUGCAACCGCACAUCCAGCUAAAGUGGCUAGCCCAUGCCAAAGCGAAGACAGGCCAGGCCAGUUCAGAGGAGGAGAGCAUCGACCCUGACGGACUACACCCCUCAGCUCUCUCCAUUCAGACCACCACCCACCACGUCGAUAAUGUCCACCAAAGCACUGGACACUCUGUGAUUGAUAAUCACAGAGAUCUCAGCUGCUGUCAGAGAGGGAAGAUGAUGCUCCAUGCUACUCUGGUUAUUGCCCUGCUAACAGGUCUGAGUUCAGGUCAACAGCGGUCAUUAUUAAUUGAUGGCUCCACCAAGAGACCUGUGGGGGACACCAUGCAAUUCUUCAUAGUCAACCCCCCAUCCCCUCCCUAUACAGAGAUCAGCUGGAGUUUUCAAGGGAGCCCUGUUAUCACCCACCUAGAGGGCAGUGACACCUUUGGGUCUAACUACUCUGGCCGUGUCCAGCUCGACGGCCUGACUGGCUCUCUGAAGCUGCACAAUCUAACUCUGCAGGACUCUGGGGAGUACAUAGUCACCAUCAAGAUGUCAGGAGGCACAGAGUUUAGUGGGAGAAUGAACCUGACGGCCCUGAAUCCUGUCUCUGUCUCAAUUGUGGCCAAUGAGACGGAGCCGAUUGAGUUCCACAGCACCGUGAAAGUCACCUGCAUUGCCUCUGGCUCCUUCUUUACCGUGACAUUGUUUGGCGAAACAGGAAAUAUGUCAAGCACCUACGAAGGCCUCAUUGGGAAAGUGAAGAUCACCGAAUACAAGGAGGCAAGGCGUGGCAUGAGGCCUUUUGUAUGUGAGGCCUCCAAUGAUGUGACUGGGAUGGUUGCUAGGUUGCCUGUCAACGUACUCUAUGGACCUGAUGAGGCGGUCAUGGUGGCUACACCAAAGGGCCCGUCAUAUCGUCCUGGCUCGUACAUCACCCUGUCCUGCUCCUCUGAGUCCUACCCUGCUGCCCAGUUCCAGUGGGCACUGAAUGGAACCCUGCUGGGCAGAGAAGGACCAGAACUACGACUGGAGAACGUUCAGGACAGUGAGAGUGGAGGCUACAGCUGCUGGGCUAGCAACAGCAAAACCGGGAGAAAAAUGCAGUCAAACACACUUCAUAUUACAGUGCCAGUGUCAGGCUUGAGUGGAGGAGGCAUUGCUGGUAUAGUGAUUGGAUCGUUGCUAGCUGUGGCUGCCUUGAUUGUCAUCGUACUAGUUCUGCUAGGCUUCAGGUUCAGACCAGUGAAGGGUUGCUACAGAAGGACUUCUACAGGGGACUGA